UUACGACAGUCAUUGUGAAGGAGAAAAGCGCUUUGAUUGCAUCUAAAGGAGAAUCGCCGUUAGCUCUGACUAAUCAUAACGGUUGGUGGAUCGUCGUUCUCGCCUAAACAGUUUGGAACCCGUUACGCCGACGAAGCCGGAAUCUGAUUCGCCAUUUCAUAGGUCGGAUAUUCCAGAAUUUUGAUUACCCUCUCACUACUUAGAAACAACAAGAGGUAGACGGAUUAAUUUUGUCACCAUCGUGAGAGGCCAGAGAAGAUAAAAUGAAUAUAUCCGCAGUUCUACUUGUCCUUAUUUCUGUGACUACAACAACAUAUGCAAUUACUGGAUUGUACCAAGCUAUCAUGGCGAACCUUAAAAAAGUUCCUGCAGGCAAGCCAGCGUACCAAUCUAGUCUAUACACAAACAAUAGUAAAUUUGCGGCUUCGAAAGCUGUGGACGGAAACACUAAUACAAACAUGGACACAGGCUCAUGUUUCCAUACUGAAACAAACAGGACCAACUGGUGGUACGUCGACUUGCAGCAAACCUACAGACAGAUUAGGAAAAUAGAACUGUAUAGCAGAACUGAUUGUUGUGCUGAGAGAAACAAAAUGAUUUCUGUGCAGAUCGGUACUUCUUUGGAUAACAUGAGGCAAGUGAAGUACUGGUCGUCUCAGAUCGGGGGCCACGAGAAAAUAACUUUCACACAUGAUCAAGUAGCGCGAUACGUUAAACUUGUACACACUGCAAACACUUAUUUUCAUAUGUGCGAACUUGAAGUGUAUCAUCAGUGAACAGACAUGAAUUGCCUGACGGAACAAACACAUAUACAUCGGUGACCAUACAUGGUUAUGAAAAUGAAAUUUUACAGUAUAUGUAUAUGUGAACAUUUUGGCCGUCAAUAAACUUGAGCAUUGAA